GGGCGCAGUUUUGUUGUCGGUUCAUAAAUAAUUCACAAUUAAAAACAAAAGCAUUGCUUUUUUAUACGAUGGCGGAAGAAAGGUCUAUAAGAUCAGUUUUCGUUGGUAACAUUCCAUAUGAAGCAACUGAAGAUCAACUGAGAGAAAUAUUCAGCCAGGCGGGUCCAGUUGUCAGUUUCAGAUUGGUUUACGAUCGAGAAACAGGUAAGCCAAAGGGUUAUGGGUUUUGUGAAUAUCAAGAUACAGAAACUGCUCAAAGUGCAAUGAGAAAUUUAAAUAACUAUGAUUUCCAUGGACGACCAUUGAGAGUUGGUGUUGCAGCUGGAGAUCAAGCAAAAGAAGAAGGAGGCAGAGGCCAGUUUCUGAAUUUAUUAAUCGUUUUUUGUAUCACUUUUCCAUACGGCGAACCCGUAGACCCUGAAAAAGCUCCUGAGACAGUUAGCAAAGCAGUGGCAAGCCUCCCUCCAGAACAGAUGUAUGAAUUAAUGAAACAAAUGAAGUUAUGCAUACAGAACAACCCAAACGAGGCUCGUAACAUGCUUAUUCAAAAUCCGCAGUUGGCUUAUGGAUUGCUACAGGCACAAAUUGUCAUGAAGAUAGUUGAUCCUCAGUUAGCCCUUGCUAUGUUGCACAGGCCUGCUGAACAAAUUCCUCCAUUAGUGCCUUCCAAAAAGGAAGAGAAUUCGGAAUUGUCAAAAACAACGAAUGAAUACAACCUUAAUGAUAGUAAGUCAGGAAACCAGCCUCGCCUAAAGGGUGGCUUGCUAGGAGACAUGCCUGUACAAGGUGGGAGAAUUAUGGGGUCGCCAUUCCAGAAUGAGGUAAGAAACCAAAGUCUUCCACCCCCACCAAAUCGACUACCUCCGCCUCCACAACAACGAACCCCGAUAUCACACGACAACCUUCCACCGUUUAGUCAGCAUGAGACUAACAGGCCUGAAGUACAAAUGACUCAGCAACAGCCUAGAUUGCAUCCUGAUUACAACGCAAGACCUCCCAGAGUUCGACCUGAAGGGAGAAUGUUGGACUCUGAUAUUCCACCAAGAUUUAGAGGAAUGGAAGGGGCUAACAUAUUACCACCGCCACCACGAGUUGGCUUUAGAGGGCCAGCACGAGGAAGUAUGGAUCAAGAUGUGGAACAAAGAUAUGAGCACAUGUCUAGGGGAAGUGGCGGGGGAAGCAACUUUCAACCCAUUCAUGGUUAUCCACAAGAAAAUCGAGGGAAUGAACCUUCUGUCCCAUUCAGAAGACCUUCCAACAAUCAUGCGGACAACAUGGAUGUUGACUUAAGAGGAGGGAGACAUGUUAGUGCAGGUGGAAAAGUAAAUACUGAUGCCAUGGGUCCUACAGGAAAUAACAGUGCGGGAGGCAACGCUUCAGUACAAGACCAAGAGAAAGCUGCGUUAAUAAUGCAAGUGUUACAGUUGUCGGAUGAACAAAUAGCCACGCUCCCACAUGAUCAACGACAGAGCAUAUUAAUUUUAAAGGAACAAAUUGCCAGAAGCGCUGUAAAUUAAUCGUUAUUAAACUGUCAUUGAAAUUUAACUGACGACUGAAUUUCUUAUUUAGCCUUGUACGUUAAAAUUAGAAAAAAGACAUCUCAUAAUUGCA